UUGGAAAUGUGUUUGUCACCCAAAAUGGAAAGAAACACCAAAUAAAUAACGCGUUAUUAUGUUUUGUAAAUGUAUGAGGAUUAAAACAAUCAGAGCCCUUGUCACGAACCCGAAGGAAGCAAAAGCUACAGAGCCCACGGUAAAGGUUAGCCUACCUCCAUGGUGGUAAACAGCAUUCGCAACUGCUAGCUCACGGUACGGUGGCAACUAGUACUUAAAAUGCUGGCAGCAUCUGGCAACCACCGGAACGCCCUCCCAAGGUCAAACCUGGACUGCCAACCUCGCUCUGUACGUACGUAUAUGUACUGUACAUGUACGUAUGUACAAUUGUACACACCGUGCCACAUGCACAAAGCAUGCACAGACCAAUCUACGAUGACUCCAUGACAGUACACAGCUUGUGUAGUAGGAGCAGGUCAACGGUAACAGCUACGACAAGUGCCAGUGGAGCUUCCCGUUCACUGGUUUACCUGAAAGUACACCGUGAAUAUGGCCCAGGAGCAUGUGUAUAAAGUCCUCUUCUUUGUUCAAUCAGCAGCUUUCAUCAUGCUAAUUAUAAGUUAUUCGCAAAAUCCAGGUGUUUUGUACGGAUCAAGAUUGCAGCCUUCACCAAAAGCCAGAGUUACAAAUGCUUGCAACUGUAGCUCGAAUAAAACAACACUGAAAAAUGAAACUGUCCAUUUGUGCAUGCCUGUCCAAAAUGAUAUCCGCGGGCCACUUUCAAACUGCACUCUAGCGGACGUCAUGAAGAGGUCAAAGGUUAUGUUGCUGAGUACAACAAACCUAGGCUUCCUAGAUAUCACAUUAAACAUGCUGGAAAGCAUCAAACGAAUAGGAGUCUGUGUGAACACGACCAUCAUUGCAGAGGACCAGAAAUGUUACCGAUAUUUAAGUAAGAGAGCAGAGGCUGACCCAGCUGUACAUGUGGUGUUGACCAACUCCGGAGAAUCCACGAGUAAGGAGAUACUACGCACUCAACGCCGUCAGUACUACGCGCUUUUUAACAAGCGCCAAUCUUACCUCCUGACUAUGCUCCAACAAGGCCUGGACGUUCUCUUUUCAGACGCUGACACAUUUUGGUUCCGGGAUCCCUUUCCAUUCUUCAAGGGAGAUUUCGACAUUUCUUUAAUUGACUCAAUUUCACCUUAUCCGGUCCGGACGAAUCGUGGAGAUUACUGUGCCGGGUUCGUAUAUUACAAGCCAACGAAUGCCACACUGCAGCUCGUAAAUACAUGGAUUCAAACUAUGCAGGAAAACGACAAAAAGGGGAAGCUUCUCGCUGACCAAAGCGUUCUGAAUGGACUCGUACAUGCUGACAAACCUGUGUAUGUGAGGAUCAAACCCCUAGACACCAACAUUUUCCCAUGGGGACCCAAGUUUUAUUCUCUGUUAGAGAAAAAGGCAAAUUAUUCCACAGUUGUAAUGCAUGCUGCCAGCAUCCGUGGGCGUGCCGCCAAGAUUGCCAAGUUCAAAAGUUCCAAUAUGUGGUUGGUGAACAGUACUAUUGAGGAAAUAGCCGGCCAAGCGUGAGUAUCCCAAAAGUGGUGACUGGUGAAUGGACACAAGUGUCGAACAAUAUGUAGGAACGAGGGAUUCUUAGAAUAUAUUAAUCGACCUUGGUUUUAUUCUUCGGUAAGUGCAGGGUCUACCAAUACAUACCUCCACACGAACAUCUCUGCAGCAGUGUCACUAAACUAGGUCUAUAAUAACUGUUCGUUUCUUCAUGAUAUAUGCAAUUCCUAUAUCGACAAUGCAACUUGUGACCUGCUACACUCAUUUUGUUCCUUGUCAUAACCAGGUCGCGACGUCGCUAGAUUGUGCUUACAUCACUUAUUUUACGGAUGCGACCAUAACUUCAUUCCAUUCUUGCGAGAUUUUAAAACCUUUCUGAGAUUUCAUUCUUGACAGCUAUUCUUGAAAAACCACACAAAAUCAUGUAGGUUGCACGAGGAGACUGAUGAAACUUCUCAGAAACAUUUCUACACCUAAAAGCUUAGCAAAAAAUUAUUUCCUUUAACACGUCGUUUUACUUUGGCAGUCUGCAAUGAAAGGGGGACGAGGAACUAUAGUCUAAACUCUGAUCUUUUCAAGUACGUUUCUGUCCGCUGUAGUGGUGUACCUAGUAGUACAAAAUCCAACACUGCCAGGAAAAUUUCGGUCAAGAAAUCUUGACGAUGCACUUUAGAGGGACAAUGAUAGAGCUUGAAAGUAAAAAAGUUCACACAGCGAGCUUCCAGAACCCUCUUGCAAGUCCGCCAAUGGGGAUUUUACAUACAUGGGCCCGUCCAACCACGUUCGGAAAUUCCUAACUGAAACCAUUCCAAGUAACACUCAUGUAGGAAUGUUACCUUUGUGUUCCUCAAGUAAUAUUAUGAAAAGUCACCUGGAGAUGGGUAAAAAACGAAUUUCAUUAACGACCUUUAACUUCUGGCAAUAUCGUUCCUAGGUCUUCUUGUUUAUCCACGUUUGUUUUCACUUCGUCAUGUGUUUAUAUAUGAAAACGAGAUGGGACAACGUUGCAAAGAUUCCUCUACCUGGUUCUAGAUGGAGUGGAGUUGAGCUGACUGGGUUCUUAUCAGCAAAGGUUCGAUUAAACCGUUAGAUUCUUUCGUAAAUGCAGAUUAUUCCUUAAAGUUUACCUCCUUAUAAAUUGUAAAAUCCUCUGAAUGUUUUGAUCUGUUUUAUUUUAGUUUUCAACGAAAGACUACCAUAAACUAUAAUUUCAUAACAUUUCAUCUGCGUUUACGAGAACACGUAAUGGCAAUGGUUUUCAUAUAUUUUAGAAAAUAUCCGGAGUGACAGGUCAGUAUUUGGCAGGAUAUUUCUCUUUCAGGUCAGAUUAAAGUUUUCAGUUUCUUUCGCUGAAGUUACGCGAUAACUUCCGGUUCCAUGGUUCCAUGUAAACGGCGAUCAAAUCCAUAUAACUCUGUGCAGUGUAUGUGCAGUGUGCGUGGUUAAACUGACGUGACGUGACACUUUUUAUACGAACCGGAUUCAUGCCGGAAUAAAUUAGUUACACGUACUCGGCGUGCUUCGCGUUAAACACAUAUACUUGCGCGUCUCAUGGCGCGCCUAUUCAGGGAGUAAAAAAAAAAAAAAAACAACCACAAAACAAAAACGCCCUCUUUGUUCUGCUCGCAGGGGACAGCGGCGUCGCUAGAUUCAGCCUUGGGCCCCGACCUGAUAAGGAUAGAAAAUGAAAGUUGACCCCUGAUGGCGAGCUUCCGGAACCCUUGGAUAGGAAAAAUAACGUGUAAAGAUUUUAGAAUUUGUAAUAUUUUUUCGCUCAGUUUCUUCUUAUAAAAAUCCGACUUGGAAAAAGGGCUUUGAAAAAUAUUUGCUAGUAUAUCAAUUCAUAGAAACUGAAAAAAA